AUGCCGAAAUCGCGAGAUCCGUCUCCGGCCUCGAAACCGGAAGACACGCCUGCGGCCAUGACGGCAACCGAACCCGAUCCAGACCACGCAGCGGAAGCGACCACGCAGCCAUUGCAGGCCGCUCGUCCACGCACGCCGACCACGCUUCAACUCCCUGAAGAGACCACGCAGGCCACUCGAACACGCUCGCCCACGCGCCUGACCUCUGAUCUCCAGGUGCGUUCUCGUGUCCAGGAGGAACGUCUAGAUACACUCCUGGCCAUGGUGGAGGACCUGCAGGUGACCCUCAACAAGGCCCCUGAAGAAGCCGCGCCCGAAGAGCCGGAGCUCAUACGCACCACGAUCUUGGAGAUUCACGUUGAUUUCCAGCGCGAACACGCUGCCCUCUCGAAGGUCUGGCCGUCCACGCAACUCGACCACGCUUACUUCAAGGAGAAGGUCUCCUCCAAUGAAGCUCGUGUCGUGCUGUCAGCGCGCAAGCUGUUGGCGCAACUCGAACAAAAAAUAAAGCAGAACGCGCAGCCCACGCAGACGACGACGGCCUCGACGACUGACGCGCCCACGCAGUCCUCGGCAAGCCGAUCACGCCUCCCCGAGAUCGCGCUCCCGAAGUUCGAGGGAGACUACAGUAAAUGGGCAGAAUUCAAGGCCCAUUUCGCUUCUGUUAUCAGCGAACGCGCUGACCUCGCCGCACACGAUAAGUUUUUGUACUUAAAGGGAGCUGUUACUGGCCUCGCGGCUAACUUGAUUAGCCACCUUCCUACCACCGAUGGCGCCCUGGAGCAGGCGUGGCAACUGCUCGACGGCCGCUAUGACAACAAGCGGCUAAACGUGCAGUCGCACAUGGACCGGCUUGCCAACCUCAAGCCGAUGAAAAUGCGCAAGGCGGCCUCGCUCCUGAAGAUGGUGAACAUCAUCCAGGAGACGCAGCAGGCGCUACGGUCGUUCGGGUUGGAGGAUGCCCACAAUUGUUUCUUGCUCACCAUGCUCGUGAGACUGCUCGACGCGGACACGCGCGAGCAUUGGGAGUCAUCGCUCGCCACGACGAAGGACUAUCCGACGCUCGAACAGCUGACCACGUUUCUGCUCGCACGCGCACGCACGCUAGAACAGCUGGAGCAGCUGAGCACUGCUCGGGCCGUACAGCCCACUCCGACCACGACAUCCAGAACCACGCAGCCUUCGCAGCAACGCUCCACUCCAGCACGAGCCGCAGUCCACGCAGGAACCGCUCGACCAGCUACAUCAGCCCACGCAGCACCCGCAGCCAACGCCAAGUCCACGCAGUCCGCACUCUACCCGUGCGCUUUCUGCCAGAAGGAUCACUUCCUGUCAGCGUGCCCACCGUUCAGAGCACUGACCCCGCACGACCGCGCCAACGUGGUCAAGGCCCACGCACUGUGCGUGAACUGUCUCGGCCACCAUAACCUGCGCAGCUGCCGAACACGGCAACGGUGCAAGAUCUGCGACGAGAUCCACCACACCAUGCUGCAUGGGGCCGACAUCAGCAAGGUGCUGGUACCUGGCCUUCCACCAACAGCAUCGUCGCAGGCCACGCCCACGCCGGCUCCAGCAGCCACCACGCAGACCACGCCAACCACUUCAACGACCACGCAUUCAAGUGACGGUGCAGUCGUCAACGCAUCCGCAGCUAUCGCAGCCCACGCACACAGAAAUCGUUCAGCCCACGCAACCAGUACACGCAGACCACGGACCACGCUUUUAGCAACGGCACUCGCAAGAGUGCACACUGACCUCGCAGUGCAGCAAGUAAGAAUACUCAUUGAUUCAGGCUCUGAAGUCUCGUUGAUUUCAGAGUCAUUAGUCACGCAGCUCAGAUUCAGAAGACAACGCUCCACGUUGGAUGUCCACGGAGUUGGUGGAGCAAGGACCUCGCAGACGAAUGGAGUGGUCAAUAUUACCCUCCAUUCAAAUUACAGACCACUCUCAGUCACCAUUCAAGCACACGUGCUGACGAAGGUGACCACUUGCUUACCAUCCGAACCACCAGCUCGUCCAACGCUGCCAUCGCAUCUGGAGAAAUUGAAUCUAGCAGAUCCGCAAUUUCUCGUCUCCAGACCGGUGGACAUUAUUCUCGGAGCCGACGCAUACGGGACCUCUCAUCAGGUGACGGUCAGUAACACCGAUUGCCAGUUGGGUGAGUUACUCAGCCGCUUCUGGACGCAGGAAGAGCCACCACAGGACACGACACCCUUGCUCACACAAGAAGAGCAAGAGUGCGAAGAUCAUUUCCAGACCACGUAUUCUCGAGACUCCUCUGGAAGAUACAUCGUGCGAUUGCCGCUCAAGCUUCAUCCACGAGCACUUGGCAAUUCUUACCAGACGGCGCACCAUUGUCUUCAGAGGACACUCCGAAGAUUCAGCAAGGACGCUCAGUACAAACAGCUGUACACCAAGUUCAUGCUCGAAUAUGAGCAGCUUGGCCACAUGAUUCAAACAUCUGUUUGCAACCGACAUCACGAAGAUGUAUCGCCAAAUCAAGGUGCAUCCGGAGGACUGGAGCUUGCAGCAGAUACUCUGGCUUGA